CCGAAGCGGUGGAAGCAGCCGUAGCGCACAACACAGCGAAAUACCGGACUCAAACUACAAACGUUAUUUUGCGCAGAGCUGUCAAUACCGGGACCGUAUUUGACCCCGAGGGGGCACAAACCUACGCAACGUUACACUGAAUUUAGUAUUAUAGACUUAAGUGGGACGGUGUUAAAGUUUACUACAGGUAGGAAGUAGCCUACAACAGAAAUCACCGCGGUCAGAGUUUGCUUGGGCUGGGGUGGGCGGACUAUUAAUAGGCUGAUAAAAACCCGGAGAUGGACAGGUACAGGUACUUUAAUUUGAACCAGAGGAGCGUGCUCGGCCUCGGUGUCCUCCAGGUGGCUUGUGCAGCUCUCUGUAUGGUCUGCGGCUUUAUGGACGCUGUUUUCCGCAAGGAUACUCUGCUGAGUGGCACCAGGACGCCGGUGUGGGGAGGACUGAUCAUGGCCUCUCCAGGUGUUUUGGCGCUGUUUGCUUCACAAAGAAAAAAUUCCGUUUUGGUGAGUGGGAUGGUGGCAGCAGCAGGACUCUCAUGUGUGGCUGUGCUGCUUAUUUCUGGUUAUGCCUGUCUGACGCUCACUUAUGGAGAGGAGGAUGAAGAUGUCUUUCACCACCAUGACAGUCCUCAAGUGACUUUUGUCCUUCAUCGGAUGGUGAAGGGGGCCAAUGCCACCAUACUACUGACCUGCACCAUCAGCCUGAGUCUCUCCUCUCUCAUUGCCUACGUCGGCUGCCGCAGUCUGCCCUGCUGUGGCUGCUAUGAUACCAGAACUGGACUGGAGACCCUCGUCCCUCAGUGUGACCUUGGGGACACUGAGAUGGUUUGUACCUGGCAAGCAGGAGGUGACGACAGGCUCUUUAACUCUCCACCUCAGUCCACUGAGCAGUACACCGCUGAGGAAGAGGAGGGACCCUCCAAACUACCUCCAUACAGCAGACUGACCUGACACACAUAGGACCUGAAACACAUCCUGUCUGCUCUCUUCAUUCAAGUGAUUAAAGAUGUGCUGACUUCUUACUGGUGGAUAUACCGAGGGGAGAAAUCUCAACUCUGCUGAAGCAGUCAGCAGUCUUAAACAUUAUAUGUUUUAAAAUGACUUAAAUCACUUCUGCUCUUGAUUAGACCAAACAUUUAAAACUGUGGCACCGUCUUUAUUUGCUCUAUGACCAGAUUCCAUUUGAACCUUGUAAAAGCUGAUAUGAAAUACCUGUAUAUGUGACUGAUAAUAUUUGUUCUAAAUUCUAAGACAUUUUCUGUGUAUUUAAUAAAUAAAACCUGACUGAAGUUAUUGA